AUGGUGGUUGCAGGAGGGUGUGAUGCAAGCGUAGAGGACAUUCUGGCCAGCAUGUUCACCGAAAUCGUGCAGACUCUCUCUGCAGACGUUGUGAAGAUUUUACUUCCCAUGCUCAUGGAGCGCUUCUGCAGAAAGGAGUCUGCUGAGGAGAUGAAUGAAGUUUUGGAGGAGUUCAGGACCAGGCCAUGUUUAGGUGACUCCCUUACAGACAGCUUUGCUGCAGCUCUUCAUGUUCCAGCUGAAAAAUGUGAGAGUACAGAAAAGCUCACAGAUUUAGUUGAGAAUGAAGUUCAACAAAAGGUCUCCUCAGUUUUAUCAGUGGUCUCCAACAGCGAAAGUUGGCCAGAGGAUCCAGCCGUGUACAUCCCUGGAGCCACAUCAUGCAUUUCAUCACUUCGCUGCAUGUUGACUCAUGCCAUGGAGUUUUUAAAGAGGACUGUGACCAGAGCUAAGUGUUUCAGAUGGAGAUCCAAUGUUGAGAUCUUGUCUUCCAGAAAUAUGGAAUCCGAGAAGGCUACAGAGGAUGCAGAGAGAUAUGCAGGGGGAUUUGAUCGAGGUUCACCUUCUUUUUGUGACAAGUUCUUUGCAUCAAGAAUGGAAGACUGUUUUCUUGCUUGCCAGUUCGAAAAGAUGAAGAUUGGCCUGAAGGAUAUGUUCAGAAAAAAGGACAACACACAUGUAGUUAGCCUUUCAAGCUACUCAUGUAUGUCAUCAUCAAGUGUUGACAUACCAGAUGAUGAGCAUAUUUUACCAGGAGUCGUGCCAGAGUCCAGACCCCAAAAGAAGGUAACCUUUCAUCCUGAUGUGACAACGUACAUUAUAAAGGAGCAGGACAGUUCUUCACUGGAGUAUGAGGACAUUAAAAAUGAUGUGGACAACCUGUUUCAAAUGGCGCCACCGUCCUCAUUACAGGAAUCCCAGAUCAGUUUGGAGAUAAAGAAGUUUUCAAGGGAGCUGACAGACAAAAUGUAUGCCCACUUGAUGUCCACCGAGUACUGCAAGCUCUCCCUGGCUCCACUGAGGAAGUGUUUGUCAGACACAAUCAUUUCUCAGUCCCAGAUGUGUAGGAAUGGCAGCUUACGUGAGACUUCUCCUGAGCUCCUCUAUGUGUUGACCGAGGAUGCAGUGACACAGUUCCUGCAAAAGACAGCACUCUGGUAUGAGAAGGACCCAUCAGUUGGUGCUCCGACCAGCAUAGGUUGCUCCCCAACUGCACUGCAGAACAACCAUACAGACUGCUUGCAGUCUUCAUCUCAGACACCCCGUCCGAUUCUUACGAGCGUGUUACCAUCACGAGCUAAGAGACAAGUUAAAAACCUUUUGGUCUCUCUGCUCCUAGAACUCCAACUACGAGCUACCUGGAGAGAUGAAGUCCCCAUCGCCUUCUCGGACCUGGGUAGCAUCAGGGACCGUCUGUAUAGCAGAGCAAGGCAUGACAGCAGCUUUUUGCAAGUCAAAGACAUCAAGAACCGUAAGAAAUUCUUGAAGGGCGUGUUAAAGGAGCUCAUAAAAGAGAUUGGUCCUGUGGAACAGACUCUGAGGGUAGCGGUAUCAAACCCAACAGCUUUUGAUGAUGCUGUCCUCAGGUGUCUGAAAACCAAAAUGGAAAAAACUCAGACGAAAUCUAGAGUUGCUCGGUUCUUUCAGGUGCUGGGAAGACCUUUCAGACAGUUCUUUGGAACAAACAACGAUGACAGCAUCCGUGAAUACUAA